GGCGCAGGCGCUCCUCUCUCUGCUAGACCUCUGCUUCUGCGCAGGCGCUCCCUGGAGCCAGGGAAAGGGCCCGCCUCUCGGCUCGUGUGACGCGAGGCGUAUCUGCUUCCAGCUGAUCCAGCCUCUGCCGGGUUCGCUCUCCCCUCCCCUCCCUCUCCGGGAGCGCGCGGAGGGGGCGGGCGGGGAAGCGACUUGAAGCAGAAGAGAAGGGCUGUGCUGGCUCCGCGCGCGCCGCCCGGGACCCAGCGCCCACCCGGCCACCCCUUCCCUCCUCCCAUACCCUUCCCCUGCCGCGGGCUCCAUCAUGAUCAAGGCGAUCCUCAUCUUCAACAACCACGGGAAACCCCGACUCUCCAAGUUUUACCAGCCCUAUAGUGAAGAUACACAGCAACAAAUUAUCAGGGAAACUUUCCAUUUGGUGUCUAAACGAGAUGAAAACGUCUGUAAUUUCCUAGAAGGAGGAUUGCUAAUAGGUGGCUCUGACAACAAACUGAUUUACAGACAUUAUGCCACAUUGUACUUUGUCUUCUGUGUGGAUUCUUCAGAAAGUGAACUUGGCAUUUUAGACCUAAUACAAGUAUUCGUGGAAACACUAGACAAGUGUUUUGAAAAUGUCUGUGAACUGGAUUUAAUUUUCCAUGUAGACAAGGUCCACAAUAUUCUGGCAGAAAUGGUGAUGGGGGGAAUGGUUUUGGAGACCAAUAUGAAUGAAAUUGUUACUCAAAUUGAUGCUCAAAAUAAACUGGAGAAAUCUGAGACCUUUAUCUUUCAGUCUCCCAGACAGGACAGGUAGACAAGGCUGGCUUAGCAGGAGCUCCAGCCCGUGCAGUAUCUGCUGUAAAGAAUAUGAAUCUUCCUGAGAUCCCAAGAAAUAUUAACAUUGGUGACAUCAGUAUAAAAGUGCCAAACCUGCCCUCUUUUAAAUAAAAAGGCUACUCCCAGGUAAAAUCCAGGAGGGAAAAAGUCAUCUAGGUUUACCAUGCAAUUGUUUACCAAAAAAGAGGAAGAGAGUCUUAAUUUUUGCUGUUGGAUUGAUUUAAGAAAAGGUAUUGUAUAGAAUUAUGUAUAAAAUCAGUAUAUUAAGACGGAUAUUACUUUUGUCUUGGCUCAGUGAUUUUUAAGGAAAUGAGUAGUCCCUGUGUGAUUUUUUUCUAAAUUACAUUCCUAUGCCCUCAUAAGGCAUGUCAUCUUGGUUGCUGCAGUAUUUUGAAAAUGUAUUUAAGGUAUUCCUUUAUUAUGUACAACCCAAAAUAUUGGGGCAUUUUGUAUAUUUCAUGGAAUUCUGUGAGUACAGCAUUCCUUAACUCUUCCUGCCAUUUGUCAUGAUUAUUUAAAAACUACAUAUAUGUUGCAUGAAAACAUUCUGUUCUUUUUUAGAAAAAAUAAACUCCAAAUUAACUGGACUUCUAAACC